AAAGAGUGAAAGAUUGACUCGGGUGUCCUGAAAAUGCACUUUCAAUUUACCUCGUCAGACUGUUUGUGGGAAUUAUACCUUGGGCCAGAGUGAACAGCAGGAUUGACAGACCGGCAGAGGGUAGGCUGACAGAAAGAAAGAAACCCCAUCUUUUCUUCCCACUCCUUUGUCAACCACAGUUGCAAACACAGGGGGAGUGGCUGCAGAGAGCAAUGCUGCUUGUCUGUUGGACCCUAUCAUUAAUUUGAGUGUGGGCACGGUGAGGGCACGGAGUUCAGGCCUCAGCUACAAAGCAAGGGUCCCUCCACAUGCCUGACACUUCUCAGCUUUUUUCCCCCGGCAGAGCCAAGACUCAUCUUCUAUGACCAACAUUGUUUUUCAAGAGUGUGAAAACCUAUAGGAAAAAACAAGCAAAAAUAGUCACAGAACUGUGACAGCAUUAAUAACGUCUGGUGAGAUAAAAGGCAAGCAACCAAGUAGAGUUGGUUGGCUGUGGUGGCGCACGCCUGCUAUCAAAGAUAGCAUUUGGAAACUAAUGGCAGGGGUAGUAAAAAGAAGUCAAAGUCAGCCUGGAACAGAUAGCAAGAGCCUUUUUUUUUUUAAAGUAAUAUCUUUUUAAAUAAUCUUGAAUCUUGCAGAUAAGAAUUUAGGAUAAAUUUUAGUCAAGACCCCUCUUCCGCCAGCUUACCAAAGCUACUAGCCAACGUCAUGGUGGCCUCACAAUGGUUUUAUUGCUCCACAUGGAGAGAAACAGCUUUGACCUCAACAGCCUUACUAGUGUUUCUAAGAAAGACAAUGACGCUCAUGGAGGAAGUGUGGCCAGGGGCGUGUGGGGCUCAGGUUGGUACUUUGCUUGAGAUAGGUCUCACCAUGUUGCUCUGUCUGGCCUGGAGCUCACUGUGUGCUGAUGUUAACGGUGUGCACCUCCACCCUGAGCAGAAGUGUGCAUCUUUCAGUGAGCAACAAAUGGCUGAGGGGCGAAGGCAGGCUGUUCCCCUCUGCCCUGAAGCUUCCCUCAAGUGGAUUUUCUUCACAUCAGAAGUUUGUUGUAGUAACCACUGUAAUUUUUUAAAAAGAUUUAUUUAUUUCAUGCAUAUGGAUACACUGUUGCUGUCUUCAGACACACCAGAAGAGGGCACAGAUCCCAUUACAGAUGGUCAGGAGCCACCAUGUGGUUGCUGGGAGUUGAACUCAGGAAGAGCAGUCAGUGCUCUUCACCGCUGAGCCAUCUCUCCAGCCUGUAACCGCUGUAAUUUUAAAUUUAAUCCUAAACUGCCGUAUAAUAGAAGGAUGCAAUUUAGAAAGUCAAGUGCACACAUUUGCAUGUAAGAUGUCUGGUCCAGGUAAACUACAGAUCAAGGAAGGAAGGCACAAUCGCAUCAGAGCCUGAUGGUGGUGAGCUGAGUUGCCUGUGUGUGGUAUGGCUUGGGGGUUCAGGGACUCACAGCCAGACAUUUCCACAGUUUCUGCAGUAAAGAGCCUUUGGAAAGAUUCUCCUGAACUCGCUGAAAAUUUUAACAAGCCUGAGGAAAGUUGUAUUAAACUUGUUUGAACAAAGACAAACUUUGCCCCAUGACAGUUAGAAUUGAUGUAGAGUCCACAUUUGUCCUGCUGGAUGCUUUCCUCAGAGAAACAAUAAACACGAUAAACAUGGCGGGAACAGGAGGCAGGCCAGCAGCAGUGCUGUAAAUAAGACAGACACCUUAAGGACAGACGAUUGUCAUAGCAGGACAGGCAAUCAGCAGACUCCUAAAACAGUCUUAUCGUUGGAACUUAAUAAAAACGGAAGGAGCUCCAGCCCAAACAAGAUUCCUGUGCCUUACUGUUUCACUCGGGCAGUGCUCCGGGCGGGAGGCCCAGGGCCUCAGGGACAGGUCAGGAGACUUGGGCUUCAUGAUCGUUUGAAUCUGAAAGGUCCCCACGGCUUGGGCUUUAAAGGCUCAGUCCUUGGCAAAUGUGCUGUUUCUGGGCAUUUGGGGCCUUUCAAGAGAGGGGGCAUGGCAGGUGGAACCAGGUCAAUGAUGCGGAAGGUUUGAAGCGUAUAGCCUGGCCAUUAGUCCCAGCUGCCCGCUGCUCCCUGCCUUGCCAGCCUGUGUCCAGCCGCGGUUGCCCUAGUCCAGACUGACCUCUUCCGAUCCCAGCUAGGAUGGACUGUAGUCCUCUAAAACCUUGAGUAAGACUAGAGUCUCUCUUCCUAUAAAGUCAUUCCUGGGGUGUAUUUUGUCCCAGUGUGGAAAAGUAAAAUAACAGUUGAAAGAAGGUCCCCUGUGGUUCUCUGUGGACCGCCAUGACUGAAAGAUGACUUUCACGGUGAGCUGAACACAGCUCUGUGACUCCAGGUAUCCUCCUUGUCACUGAACCAGCAGGUAUGGUGGUGUGAACAGUGAGGCCAGAGGGCACCAAGUGCUCCCAGCCAUCCAGAAAUGAAGCCAUGAGUCUGACUGCUAUUGCUGUCUCGCCAUACUAUUUAUUUAAUUAUUUAUUUAUUUAUUUAUUUAUUUGGUUUUUUGGAUUUGGUUUUUUCGAGACAGGGUUUCUCUGUGUAGCCCUGGCUGUCCUGGAACUCACUCUGUAGACCAGGCUGGUCUUGAACUCAGAAAUCCGCCUGCCUCUGCCUCCCAGAGUGCUGGGAUUACAGGCGUGUGCCACCACCGCCCGGCUUCUCCAUACUUUCUACACAGACUUCAUUCAGUCCUGCCUGGGUAAGAGCCCCGAACAACACAACCUAGAAUGCAGACAGGGCUCUGCCUUGUCUGACCUCUUCUCAUGCUCUGUCAACUCUGAAACUCUCGAAUGUGGAUGUGAAACCCAGCUUUGCCUCAAAGCCGUCAGCUAUUAUAGCUACUCAGGCCGUCAGAGUGUGGUGUGCACACAGGGCAGGUUGUCAUCAGUGUGUGGUGUGCACACAGGACAGGUUGUCAUCAGUGUGUGGUGUGCACACAGGACAGGUUGUCAUCAGUGUGUGGUGUGUACACAGGGCAGGUUGUCAUCAGUGUGUGGUGUGCACACAGGGCAGGUUGUCAUCAGUGUGUGGUGUGUACACAGGACAGGUUGUCAUCAGUGUAUGCACACAGGACAGGUUGUCAUCAGUGUGUGGUGUGCACACAGGGCAGGUUGUCAUCAGUGUGUGGUGUGCACACGGGAUAGGUUGUCAUCAGUGUGUGGUGUGCACACAGGACAGGUUGUCAUCAGUGUGUGCACACAGGACAGGUUGUCAUUAGUGUGUGGUGUGCACACAGGACAGGUUGUCAUCAGUGUGUGGUGUGCACACGGGACAGGUUGUCAUCAGUGUGUGGUGUGCACACAGGGCAGGUUGUCAUCAGUGUGUGGUGUGCACACAAGGCAGGUUGUCAUCAGUGUGUGGUGUGCACACAGGGCAGGUUGUCAUCAGUGUGUGCACACAGGGCAGGUUGUCAUCGGUGUGUGGUGCGCACACAGGGCAGGUUGUCAUCAGUGUGUGGUGUGCACACAGGGCAGGUUGUCAUCAGUGUGUGCACACAGGGCAGGUUGUCAUCAGUGUGUGGUGUGUACACAGGGCAGGUUGUCAUCAGUGUGUGGUGUGCACACAGGGCAGGUUGUCAUCAGUGUGUGGUGUGUACACAGGACAGGUUGUCAUCAGUGUAUGCACACAGGACAGGUUGUCAUCAGUGUGUGGUGUGCACACAGGGCAGGUUGUCAUCAGUGUGUGGUGUGCACACGGGAUAGGUUGUCAUCAGUGUGUGGUGUGCACACAGGACAGGUUGUCAUCAGUGUGUGCACACAGGACAGGUUGUCAUUAGUGUGUGGUGUGCACACAGGACAGGUUGUCAUCAGUGUGUGGUGUGCACACGGGACAGGUUGUCAUCAGUGUGUGGUGUGCACACAGGGCAGGUUGUCAUCAGUGUGUGGUGUGCACACAAGGCAGGUUGUCAUCAGUGUGUGGUGUGCACACAGGGCAGGUUGUCAUCAGUGUGUGCACACAGGGCAGGUUGUCAUCGGUGUGUGGUGCGCACACAGGGCAGGUUGUCAUCAGUGUGUGGUGUGCACACAGGGCAGGUUGUCAUCAGUGUGUGCACACAGGGCAGGUUGUCAUCAGUGUAUGCACACAGGGCAGGUUGUCAUCGGUGUGUGGUAUGCACACAGGGCAGGUUGUCAUCAGUGUGUGCACACAGGGCAGGUUGUCAUCAGUGUGUGGUGUGCACAUAGGGCAGGUUUCUUCCUAAUAUACCCUUUCCCCCUCUCUGUUACAGAUUGAACCCAGAGCUUUUUGGUUGUUUAGGUAAGUAGGGUGGAGCCACAUGCCAGUGCUGCCUUCCUUAUCCCAUGUUGUCACACAGCCUGUCUGCUACCUUCUACUACUGCCAUAGCUACUGCUCACGGCACUUCUGGCUCAAGACACCUUAUGUCUUAACUAUUAGUUCUGAACAACAUGCUCAGGAAGUUGACAUUAACACACCAUGUCCGGAUAGAUAACGAAUCUUUGUCAGCUGUCAGGAAAAUGGCCCGAAAUCAAUGUCAGAAAAAUCAUUAGACCGAGACACAGGCAAGCUUCAAAAUUAUCUCGUACUGUGUGGAGCAGACUCUCAGUAAUUAUUUGUUAAGUUAAUUUUAGAAUGUAAAAGUGCCAUAGGUGCUCCCAAGCCUGGGAGACUGAGCUCUGGGGUUUCUGUUACCCUGCCCUCCCACUUUAUGACUGAGACACCAAACCUCCCUUAUGCGGGCAGGGAGAGGUUGGGGGUUACUGUCCCACCAAUCCCAUCCCUCCUGCCCCUUGGCAUCUCAGUGACUCUUGUUUCUCUGGUAGACUCUCUUAUAAGACUGAUGCCAGAGACUUCUUCCCAGAACAGGGUCGUGUCUGUCUCCAUAUCCUCUGGAGAGG